AUGAAGAUUGAAGUUGACUCCUUUUCAGGUUCUAAAAUCUACCCAGGUAGAGGUACUUUAUUUGUCAGAGGUGACUCUAAAAUUUUUAGAUUCCAAUCCUCAAAAUCUGCUUCUUUAUUCCAACAAAGAAAGAACCCAAGAAGAAUUUCUUGGACUGUUUUGUACAGAAGACACCACAAAAAAGGUAUUUCUGAAGAAGCUGCUAAAAAGAGAACCAGAAAGACCGUCAAGCACCAAAGAGCUAUUGUCGGUGCUUCUUUGGAAUUGAUCAAAGAAAGAAGAAGUCAAAAACCAUCUGACAGAAAAGCUGCUAGAGACUCUAAAUUAGCUAAAGACAAAGAAGCUAAAAAAGCUGCUAAAGCUGCCAGAAAAGCUGAAAAGGCUAAGGCUGUUGCUUCUGGUGCUUCUGUUGUUUCUAAACAACAAGCUAAAGGUUCUUUCCAAAAAGUUAAAGCUACCUCCCGUUAA